AAGAAGCAAUUAAGACAGAUCGUUUUUAAGUGCAUAUAUAACACUACAGUUUGGUGUGACAGUGCAACAUGUUCGUGGAUGGAUGGAUGCGUACGUGCAUGUACAGCACCUCCUUUCGAGAAAUCCAGUACUGUGUCGAUGCAGAAAUUUUCGUGGCUCACAAUUAUGAGCUCCUUGACUUGUAUCACUAACAUAUCUCAUCUCCUCUCACUAUAUAUAUAAAGCUUGUUAAGCUUUUUUCUUUUUGUCCAUGGAAGAAAAAAUGGUUUCCAUCGAUCGAUGGCUUAGCUAGCUUUUCUCAUCUUAUCAUCGAUCGAUCGCCUAACUUUUCUGCUUUUUCCCCUUGAGUUUUGUUCAGACAUCGAUCGAUCGAUCGAUCGCCGAGGCUUAAUUAGCUAUACAUAUAUCGAUCGAUCGAUCGGUGUGUAUGCCGUUGUUGCCGAUGACGAAGCUGGAGCUGGGGCACCGCGGCGAGGCGUGGGAGCCCGGCUGCCUCCGCGCCGUCGUCGGCGAGCUCCUCCUCACCUUCCUCUUCGUCUUCGUCGGCGUCGCCUCCACCAUGACCGCCGGGAAGGCGGUUGGCGGAGCGGGCGAGCCGUCGGCGGUGACGGCGGCGGCGGUGGCGCAGGCGCUGGUGGUGGCGGUGCUGGCGACGGCCGGGUUCCACAUCUCCGGCGCGCACCUCAACCCGGCCGUCACGCUCGGCCUCGCCGUCGGCGGCCACAUCACCGUCUUCCGCUCGGCGCUCUACGUCCUCGCCCAGCUCCUCGGUUCCUCCCUCGCCUGCCUCCUCCUCCGCUGCCUCACCGGCGGCGCGGCCACGCCGGUGCACGCGCUGGCGGACGGGGUGGGCCCCGUCCAGGGCGCCGUGGCUGAGGCCGUCUUCACCUUCACCCUGCUGCUGGUGAUCUGCGCCACCAUCCUCGACCCGAGGAGGGCGGCGCCGCGCGGCACGGGGCCGCUGCUGACGGGGCUCCUCGUCGGCGCCAACACCGUCGCCGGCGCGGCGCUCACCGGCGCGUCGAUGAACCCGGCGAGGUCGUUCGGCCCGGCCCUGGCCACCGGCGCGUGGGCCCACCACUGGGUCUACUGGGUAGGGCCGCUGGCAGGUGGGCCCCUCGCGGUGGUGGCCUACGAGCUGCUCUUCAUGGACGUCGACGACGCCGCCGCCGGCGGGGCCCACCAGCCUCUGCCGCAGCAGGAGUGAUGACGUGGCCUUCCGGGAUUGCCCCACGUGCUCGCCUUUUCGGCCGUUGGAUUGGCUAAUCCGAUGCGAGAUAUUUUGAGGAGUAAGUAAUUUCCGGGGGGUAAUUAUGUGUGCUUUUGCUUUUACCAUUUCGUUCACCGAGAACAAAAAAUGCAAGAAACCUACAUGAAAAUAUGGGAUUUUUAAUAUAUUUGUGUGUGUGUGUACGACUGUAUGUGCCCGUACACGUAAA